UGCCGAGUUCUCCACCAAAGCUUGGUAUCGCCAGUAAAGUACAUACCCACCAAGGGUACUUACUCGACUUAAGCUUUCUUUCUUCGGGUCUCACGACCUUUGCUGCGGAAAGGCUGUCCUUGUUCUUCUUCUCCUUGCUUUUCUUUGUUUUUCAUUCGAAAGUUCAAGCAAGAGAUUCAAAGCUCAAAAAGAGUACUCUGUAGAGAAUGAAUGCGAGUCAAGCAAAGCCUUGGAAUUCUUCGGACUAAGGAAAGAAGGCGUAAACUAACUAUCGGAAGCUAAGAGCACUUGUCUCAAGAGUAGAAGAACUAGCAACUUGAAGAGCUUUCCUCAAGAACCCAGGAGUCCCACAUCAUCCGGACAAUCGACUGAGCCACAUUCGAGCCUCUAGCACUUCAGUCCCUACAAACCGAGUUUAUCCACUACAGCAUGAUAGCUCUUCCCUCUUCUUGUAGGAUUCAUCCAUUAGACCUUCUACCCGAUCCACUCAGCAGAACUAGAGCAGAACAAAAGAAGGCAAGAACUUCGAAAGCCCAUUUUGAAGCGAAGAAAUAUAGUACUUUGCUGAGAGCACUAGACCUUCUCUCUUUCUGGAUUGAUUCCCACUCACUGCCUGAUAGCUGGCUUGGCCCAUGAGACCUAUUGUCUUAUUGUCCUGGCAAGGGCCGAGACUGAGAGGCUUGGGCUUGCGGGUGCGGGCAGUUUCAAAUCCAUGAACUUCGUACAGAGCAUCUCGGAGGAAGAUGAGCAAUGUUCACGGAAAAAGAACACAGAUUUUGUCCAUGUCUUACUGAUAAAAAAUAAGACCUUUGUGACCGUGACAGAUGCUAGGGGGAAUAAGAAGACUGGGGCCUCCGCAGGUUGUUUGGAGGAAAGAAAAGGGCGGUCUCGUCUUUCUCGGUAUGCUGCUGAAGCAACUGCGGAACAUGUCGGGCGAUCCGCCAGAAAGAUGGGUUUGAAGUCAGUUGUCAUGAAAGUGAAAGGAUCUACUUAUUUCAGGAAAAAGAAUAAAGUGAUCUUGAGCUGGAGAGAAGGUUUUCGAGGUGAAGGAGUAGGAGAUCAAUCUCAAAUUAUGUACAUCCACGAUGUGACCCAACUUCCACAUAAUGGAUGCCGACUCCCCAAAAAACGUCGUGUUCAAAUAAAAGAGUUCCAACCAUUUUUGAAUCUCCAUUUUAACUUGACAAGAAAGAAUUCCGGAAAAAAUCUGACUCGGAAGGGAGGCUAGACUAAUUGACUGAGCGAGACUCCAUCCAACUAUUCUGCAUCCAUAACGCAAAGCCGCGUGAGUGAAGCAACCUAAACUUUGUAGUCAAGGCGAAGCUCCAUUGUGGACGUGAGGAUCCCGUUCUAUUGAGCCUUCCCGCUUAUCCUACAUACAACUCAGUCAGAUUA